UCCACUCAAGCAAGGGAAGGGCCUUCGUGGCCGGCGUGAGGGACGGCUGAUGUGCGGCGCGGAACACCGCUGUCAGGGGUAAGGGGAGGGGCUCCGGAGUGCCGCGAGCCCACAGUGGCCGGCGAGUGCACCGUGCGGCGCGGCCCCACCGCCAUCAGGGCCGACUCUAGGGGCUCCGCGGCCAGCGGGCACUGCGGCCUGCGCGUGUGGCGUGGCACUCUGGCGUGGACUGCGGGGGAAGGGGCUCCGGUGUGCGGUGCGCCCUCCGCCUCCUUUCUCUUUCCUCAGCCUCCAAACUUGUCGGUCUCUGUUUUUUGCCGCUGCCGGUCGCCGGUCGUCGCCUGGGGCCAGAUCCGGCCGCACCUUCGCUGGAUCCAGCCUCCUCCUUGCCGGAUCUGGUCGGGACACUCCUCUCUCAGCUAGCGUCGUGCUCCCCAAAGCCUUCCUCCCUACCCAGCGCCGAGCCCUCCGCCCUCAAACCCUAGCGCGCCAGAGACCCCCGCCCCCAUGGAGCCCCCUGAGCCGGAAAGGGAGCCGGGGAUCACAUCGCCAUCGAGCUCGAGCUCCAGGUCUGAAAAAUAAGCCAUGAGAAAAAUAACAUUGCUUGUCUCAGUUUGAAAUUUCUGAAUUGUCGCACUAUACCAUGCUACUUUGUUCCAAUGAGAAGUUAAUGCUACUUUAUACUGCCACUGGGUGAGGUGAGGCCGCAGUGGACGAGGCACGAAGCCGGGUGGGGUGCAUGCCAGUGAUGAUACGGGAGGUAGACGGACGUCGAGCCCCGAAAGAUGCGAGCCAAGGGCACCAAAGAGAUGUGUUUUGAGUUGUAGGUCCUGUGUUGAGCAGAGGCCCAAAGAGGAUCUGUAGUGGCUGGCCACAAUGCUGGUCACAUCGCAGAGACAGACAUUGGCUGGCAUGUGAAUGGCCUGCGCAAGCACCCCUCAGCCGAAGUUAUUAGGAGACUGGUGGAGUAGCUCAUCAGGUAAAGAACAUGGACAAGAACGCUAUUGCUAAACAGAAGUUUGUUCUGUUCUGAAUAUGCUGCUUAGCAUUGCUUGCAGCUUGAAGAAUUUUUGCAGGAAAAGAUUUCUCUUAUACUGUUCUUGGUAAUUCUGAUGGGGGGAAUCAUUGCUUUGAUGAUAGCAGCUGAUGGCUACUCCCCUUAGAAAAUCCUAAGCAGGAGCCAUCAAAGCCUUCGGGUUGAUGGUCUGCGGAAGCAUGCGAAAAAAUAGUGUGAGGUGAAAAAUUGAAAUUUCUAUUGAGUUUUAUAAAAUAGACAAGAUACAUAUUCUACAGUAUAUCAUUAACUAUAAGAUCGUCUUUUUCCAAAUAAAUUGAGUCAGAAGCAAGCCCUCUUGCCUUUCCUUAUAAUCCACCCCUAAAGGGAAUGAUCAAAUUUGGCUAGGACCACCCGUUGUCGCGCCCCCCUGACAUGCACACAACCCAGUUCACCAACUAAAUUGUACCCAGGAACUCGACUCUGUAAAAAUCAACGGCUCCAAACACUUGUAACUCCAAUCCAAUGGCCCUAGAUCGUUGGCUUCAACGCGUUGAAGCGGACGGAGACGUCUUGAGCCCGCGCGUCGCUCGCCCCUCUGCCGCCCGCGCCCCGCGUUCGAAUCCUACCAAAAGUGUCACUUCUUCUUCCUCCCGGCGGGAUCCUGAGCGCCGCCUUCCAAUUCCUGCGCCCGCCUCCGCCUCGCCCGCAGCCGGCGCCUCCGGGUCCGCCGCAUCCGCGCCGGCGGCGCCCUCCGCCCUGACGCGUGCCGCUUCCCCCUCCGCCGGACGCCGUGCUCCACGGACCGAGCGACUUCCGGCCUUCGUGUCCGCCGAGGUCACGGCAGACGGAGGAGGCGAGCAGGAAGGGGAGAGGGAGAAGGGGGGGGGGGGCCUCCGCCACCGCCUAGCCGGUGGGCCUCUGCCGCCUCAGAUCCGCCCGAGGUCGGCGAGCUCAAGGCCGGCCGAGUUCACAGGCGAGCAGAUUCGGCGAGGCCGAGGUUGGCCGAGCUCGAGGCCGGCCAAGCCCCCUAUGCUCCUCCUCCGGUGUCCCCCUGCGCUCCUCGCGGCCUCCGCGCUCCCUCCACCGCCUCCUCGCCGCAGCGGGGCGGGGCGGCUGCCACUGCAUGCUCCGGCUAGCGCCGCUCGCCGGCACCAGCGAGCUGCAAUGCCCUUCGCCUGCUCCGGCCGCCGCGGCCACCCUUGCCCCCAUUGCCAAGAUCCCCAGCUACGGCGCCCGGCUCUAGAUCGACGGAGAUGGUCGGAUUUGGUGGGCCCGGCUCCCCAGCUACGGCGCCCGGCUCUAGAUCGACGGAGAUGGCCGGAUUUGGUGGGCCCGGCUCCCCUCUGCCACUCCCACCUCUUCUUCUUCCUUAUCCGUCCAUGGGAAAAGUUCUUCCUAGGGUUGGAUUGUCUCAGCAGCUUUUGAUGGCGGUGUAGGGAGUGUCCGCUGGUGCUCCUUCCCCAGCGGGUGGAGUCGCUGCCGUGGCCGGAGUGCGCAGUUCAGAGGCGCGGCCGCUCAGGCCGCCGCCAUGGCCAGCCUUGCAGCCCAUCGCGGUGGUGUUAGUGGUCAGCCCUUUGGAACCUGAAAUAUACAUUCCCAGUGAGUGCAAUGUACACCAUGGUACUGACUUAUGAUUUGCGUGAGAAGCAUUCGAGGUCUUGGAAUCGUAAGACGUUCUAUGAUGCUGCACAUAAAUAUAUUUAUUUUUUUAACUCGUAGCGUUAGCACGGGCCAACUUACACUCCCUCUACUAAAGCACGGAAUUAUCUAGCUAAGUCCACCCAUCGUUUUGCACCCUGCUGAGACAGCUGGACUUCGUUUACCAACCAAAUCGUACAUAGCAAAGGCUACAACAUUAAAAUCGACGGCUACCAGCUAUCCUGUGAGGCUUCAACGCAAUCGGACAGCCCACGUUCUUUGGAUCAUCCCCGCGGCGCCUCCUCACGCCUCAACGCGCGUCUCCACCCCACCUUUAGCACCCCACAACUACAGCCACGGUUCGAAAACCAGCCACAUCUCUUUUCGCUUUUUUUCCCCAUCGUCCUUCUCUCCGACGCUACGGCUCCUGCACGGCGUGCCGCCGACCCACUGUCGCCGCUGGGCGAGGCCGCGGUGGGUGGGGCGCGAAGCCUGGCGGCCAAGGCCGCCGUCGCUGCUGGGCGAGGCCGCGCGGGUUCGCCGGCGAGCGAUGCUAGACCGUGGCCCUUUCCGCGCCCCGGCGACGCCACCUCCGUCGAGGGGCUCGAGGCCACGACCACAUCGCGCGACCCCAAGUACUGCCGUGGCAGAUCCCCGCAGUUGGCCCUUUCUUGCACGUGAUCUGAAAUUCCCGCAGUUUGAAUUUGAAUUGAGACAUGACUUUUGGGAUAGCUUACCAACUCCAUGGAGAUCACCUGUGCAAUGUUUGGGAGCGAUUCCUUUUGAUUUGGUCGAGUUUUGGGCGUUUUUCUCUUCAUCCCGUUGUCCUUCUCUUCCCGCUUCAUCCUCUGUUCGUUGCUCGCGGUCUUGUCCGAUCCAGCAGAGCAGAGCCGUGGGCGGCGCGAGCAGGACAACCAUCCAGCGAGGGAGUGCGGCAGCCACCAUCCCAACUCUGACAUUUACGGUACGUGUACCCAUUAUUCGACCCAAGAAUGAUUGAUUGCUCAUCUUUGCUUAAAACAAAUUGCACCGCUUGUAUAAUUGAUGCUGCAUAUGAAUUAGCAUCCUUGUGAUUCAUGUGUGCAGUUUACGUCUACUGAGAUAUCUAAGUACUGUUAUGCUCUAUAAUCAAGUAGUUUGUUUCAGCAAUUUUGACCGGCUGCAGCUGCUAAGCCAUUUGGCUGUAAGCCUAAACACCCGCGGUUACAAAACAAAGACCAUACGUGCUGCCACAACGCUGCAGUAGCAGUACUGCUGAACAGGUAUAUUUGUAUUUCCAUUGCCUCUUGAAAUCAUUCUUUGCCAUCAAGGGGUUCAUAAAUGCAGCGCAUACUACCAUUUUGGCAGGGGCGGGCCCAAGAUUUGGGGUUUGGGUAUUCAACAUUUUUUAAGGAUGAAAUGUUUUUGACCGCCGCUGCUCGCUACGCUACGUUGUCCCCAGCGACGCAUGUUGCUUAGGUCUCAUCGGUCAGAAGUGGAAAGGAUGCGGCCACAAGGGAAAGGGGAAGUGGAAUUGGGAUGGAUUGGUGCCGGUUGGGGGUUGCUAUUGGGCCUAGAAGAGGUGAAGUGAGCCAUUUGAGCACAAGAGGCAAUAUGAGAUCGGGAAGCCUGUAUUGUGACGUUAGAUCAUCUCCAAGAGACACCCUAAAUCAUCUCUCUCCACACCCUAUCCAAAUACUUGCUAUUUUAGAACCGGAUCUUAGACCCUCAACCUUCAAAUUUAUGGGUCAUAUUUACCUAAUAUGUCAAGGUUCAAACAAUAAAAUAUCCGGUACAAGGGAAGUACCAUGGCGACACAAGAAUACAAAGAGAAAUAAUAUUUUGGAUGAUCCUCUACUUAAAGGAUAUAGAGAGUUGGAGACUCGAAUUUAAGAAUUCUUUUAGAGAUACCCUUAUUUUCUAUUUUAAUACAUAUACAUAUUAUAUAUACUAUGUAUAUAAAUUUUGUUGCAAAUUUUUUUGGGUAUUCAGUUGAAUACCCUUGAAUCAAUACCAGGCCCGCCCCUGCAUUUUGGAGGUAUCUUUUAAUAGGUCCAUUGAUUUUCUAUUGGCACAGACAUCUAUGGAAAAUAACAUCUUUGAGUUAGUUAGAAUCAAGGAAAAAUGAGAAGGUAUGCAUAUCCUCAUUUCGAAACUCUGUUUGUAUAUACUAUGUACCUGAUGUACGUUAUUUAUCCUUGUGUUAUGCUGUAGCACUUAAAGGUGUAAAGGGUGUAAAGUGGUGACCGUGCACCUCCAACCUUCUUCACUUCAAAAUUUUAUACUAUUUUUCUAAAAUAGAAUAUCACUUUAAAAAAAUAGUACAAAAUUUUGAAUUAAAAAGGAUUGGAGGUGCACCUAGGAGAUACCAAUUUGCACCCUAAUGCGUCACUAGAAAAAAAUAAUUUAUUUCAAAAACAAAAACUAAAAUAAAAUAACGGGAUUGCCAUAUGAAAGAUGUUUUAAGUUUUUUUUUGCGAGAAAAGAUGUUUUAAGUUUAUCCCAAGUCCAACUAAGUUUGUUUAAAUCCUAUUGAGGAGCAUUAACAACUAUGAGUACUGCACCAACGAAAUAGAUCUAUUGGUGCUUGUUUGAUAUAGAAAAUAUUAUCAAUUCGUUUCUGUAAGAUUUAUUUAUUCAAACUGUAGUUUGACUUAGAGAAGACCUAGAAAUUCUUAGAUUUCGAGAUUAGAUGGAGGUAAGCACAUUUGCAAAUGCACCCACUGCGAUCUUAAAUCUGUUUCAUGGGCAAAUGGAUUAUCCAUUUUUAGAUAAAGGAUGGAUCGGGCCUCUAUAUCCACAAGCCUGCUCACUUCGGCUGGAUGUGGCUGAUGCUGAUUUGCUAUGGGAAAAAAAUAUCGUUGACUGGCUGGUGGCCGGUGCUGAUUUGGUGUGAGAAAAAAACACUGCUGCUGGUUGCCAGUAGAAUAGAGUUCAUGGCACGAUCCGUCAGCGUCGGCAGCGGAACCAGUAGUAGCACCAUUCAUAUUUACUACUUUUUUUUCCCAGCGUUGAUUCUCUUGACAUGUUUAGUUAUUACCCAAAUGUUCUCGACUUUUCUCGAAACUAACCAUUGAAACUCAAGCUUAUGCUCUUCUUUGGUCUUCAUCCUGAGCCUAAUCUCUACUACUGGUGAUGUGUGAUGUGAGUGUGUUUUUCUUUCCUCUUUUAGAUGCUUCUACAUUUCAUUUUUCUUAUUUUUGAAAGGUCAAUUCUCGUUGUAUAGUUUCGGGGCUUAAUUCUGUAACUUGAAGAAUGCUUGUAUGUAUGUAUGUUCUCUCUAGCUUCCUCGAAGAAUAUAAAGAAUUGAAGGGUGACCCCACAUGUUCUUGGUA